CCCCUCAAUAAAUGAUAUUUUGCCAAACAUGUUGUGAGCGUGCUCAAAUUUUUCAGUCAUUUCUAUCUAUAGCUCAAGGCUUAUAGAAAUAAUUAUUAUAUAUCAAUUAUUUAAUAAAGUUGCAGUAAUUUGCGUUUAAUUUACAAAGCUGUUUUAGCAUACAUUUUGAUUUUUCUGAUAAUUUACCGUAUAUACUGAGUGAUAUUAGAUGAAAAUGCUAGUAAAUCUCCGCCGGGUCACAGUAAACUCUUCGAAUAUUAACAUUAGCCGAAGUAUAUCUAAGCUAGAAGAAAAGAAAUUGAGGAAGGAAAAGAGGAAACUUGAAAGAUUGGAAAAUCAAAGGAAAAAGUUGGAAAAAAGAGAUGCUAAAGAGAAAGUUGAUGAUAGUUACUAUGAUAGAACUUUAAAAGCUGGUGAUAAGAAGAAUGUAACAUUAGGUCUGCCAUCGAAAUAUAAUAGCCAAUUUGUUGAGUCAACUUGGUACGAUUGGUGGGCUAAAGAGGGUUUUUUUACGCCUAAAGCAGAGAAAGAUAAGAAUUCUUUUACGAUCUGUCUUCCACCUCCAAAUGUAACGGGAACCUUACAUUUAGGACAUGCUUUAGGAGUUGUAAUUGAGGAUAGUAUAAUAAGGUAUCAUAGAAUGAAUGGUAAAAAUGCAUUAUAUAUUCCUGGCUGCGAUCACGCUGGUAUUGCCACCCAAGUUAUAGUUGAGAAAUAUUUAGCUAAGCAAGGAAAAACUAGGAAUGAUAUGGAGAGAGAAGAAUUUAUUGCUCAAGCUCAAAUUUGGAAGAAUGAAAAAACUGCAGAAAUAAGUCAACAGUUAAAAAAACUUGGUGCUUCAGUUGAUUGGAAUAAGUUUUGUUUUACUAUGGACGACAACAUGAAUCAAGCAGUGCACGAAGCAUUUUUAAAACUAUUCCAUAAAGGACUCAUUUACAGAGCAAACAAACUAAUUAAUCAUUGUUGUACUUUAAAUUCUACGAUAUCGGAUAUCGAGAUUGAAAAUGUAGAGAUAAAAACACCAACAAAACUAAAAAUUCCUGGCUACGAUGAAAAACUAGAAUUCGGAAAAAUUGUAGAAUUUUCUUAUCCAAUAUUCGAUUCUAAAAAUGAAGAAAUUGUUGUAGCAACAACUCGCUUAGAAACUAUGCUUGGAGAUGUUGCUAUUGCUGUUAAUCCUCGUGACAAUCGUUAUUCAUCAUUGCAUAAUAAAAAAGUUAUUCAUCCCAUCACGAAAAGACUCUUGCCCAUUAUCUGUGAUGAAAGUGUUGAUAUGGAAUUUGGAACAGGUGCAGUUAAAAUUACCCCAGCUCAUGAUUUUUCUGAUAUGGCUAUGGCCGAGAGGCAUAACUUAAGAAAGGAUAUUACUGUUAUUGACGACAAGGGAUAUAUGAUUAAUUGUCCAUUUCCGUUUUCUGGUCUACCAAGAUUUAUAGCUAGAAUGGCGGUUAAAGACUCGUUAAAAUCAUUUGGAUAUUAUAAGGGGGAAAAAGAGCAUUCAAUGUCUCUACCUAUUUGCAGUCGAUCAGGAGAUGUAAUUGAACCCAGAGUUAAAGCUCAAUGGUUUAUUAAUUCAAAGGAAAUGGCUAAUAGAGCUAUAGAGGUGGUACAGAAUGGUAAAUUGAAAUUUAAACCGGCUUAUUUUGAAAAUAUUUGGAAUAAUUGGCUAGAAAAUAUUCAAGAUUGGUGUAUUUCACGACAACUAUGGUGGGGGCAUAGAAUACCUGCUUACAAUGUGUUAGGUGUAAACGACGACUCUGUAUGGAUAGCGGCGAGAAAUUUUGAAGAUGCGAAAAGAAUAACUAGGGAGAAAUUUGGCAUAGAUGAUACGGAAUUUAGUCUAAAACAGGAUGAUGAUGUCUUAGAUACGUGGUUUUCCUCGUCACUUUAUCCUUUAUCUUCAUUGGGCUGGCCACAAAAUACAAGAGACUUUAGAAACUUUUUUCCUACCAACGUUUUAGACACUGGAAGCGAUAUUUUAUUUUUUUGGGUGGCUAGAAUGGUUAUGAUGUCUUUAGAAUUAACUAAUCAACUUCCUUUCGAUACCGUUUUACUUCACUCAGUUAUCAGAGAUGGAAAUGGUAGAAAAAUGAGCAAAUCCUUAGGUAAUGUUAUCGAUCCAAUGGACGUUAUUAACGGUACUUCCCUAGAGAGUUUAAAGAACCGAUUAGACGAUAGUAAUUUAUCAACAACUGAAAUAAAAACAGCUAAAGAAUGUCAGGAAAAAGAUUUUCCAUUUGGUAUUGAAUCCUGCGGAAGUGAUGCUUUACGUUUUGCACUUGCAUCUUAUAAUUUUUAUGAACCUCACGUAAACAUCAACAUCAAUCACAUCGUUACAAGUAAACGGUUUUGCAAUAAAAUAUGGAAUACUUUUAAAUUUAUUCAAAAUAGACCUUCAACUAAGCAGAAUAUCAAUUUAAAAGAAGAAUUAAAUAUUAUGUCUUCAACUGAUAAAUGGAUUUUGAGUAGAUUAUAUAAUGUUAUCAAAGAUGAAGAUUUUAAAAGUUACGAAUUAUAUAGAAUAUGCGAUAAAUUGGAAAGUUUUUGGAAGAAUGAUUUUUCCGAUAUUUACUUGGAAUACGCAAAAAAUGAAUUGGAUAAUGAAUUGAUUACAAAUAUUUUAAACGUUGUUCUAGAGACAUUAAUCAAGGCUUUACAUCCUUUUAUGCCAUUUAUAACUGAAGAAUUAUAUCAAAGAAUGCGAAUCCGUGGGAAAAGAGAGAGUAUUUGUAUUACUCCUUAUCCGAAAUCAGAGGAUUUUGUUUGUUUACUUAUAACUUAAUAUCUAUUCUCUAUUCUCCAUUCUUAUGCAUAUCUUUUCCUUUUUUCUUUUCUCAAAUAGGAGGCUUUCAAAAACGAAGCCCUUGAAAAUAAUAUGCAGUAUGCAAGAAAUAUAGUAUCAGCGAUACGUUCAAAGAGAACCCAAUUAAAGUUAACAACAGAAAAACAAAAUGUUUAUAUAUCCACGACGUGUGCCGAGAAAUUAAACAUCGUUGAGUCUUUUUCUACAGUUAUCAAACUUCUCUCGAAAUCUGCAACUGUUGAAACGUUUACCAAAUACGAUAAAUUAGAUAAGAAUUGGCAAGAAUGUUCUACUAUAGAUGAUUGUAAAAUAUUUAUCAAGUAUUAGAAUUUCAGUAUCAAACGCCUUUUACACUUAAGAAUCAAUUCUCCCAUGAGAAUUUGAAAAACAUGCUAAUAUUUGUCUUUUGAGUACAAAUACAAAUAAGC